CGUUGUCAUGAAAACUUUGCUCCACACCCUCAGAUUUGAGUCCGUUGGCGGCUCCAUGGUUGGCGGUCCCAAGGAUGUUUUCCAGCGGGAGGCUUUAAAAACCAAAACAGACCAUCUGUCCCUGUCAGCUUUAUCGUGUAAUGGUGUAGCCUCACCAGUUCGGGUGUUUGGCAGCCGUCUUUAAGAGCUCUGGGAAUAGAUUGGCUUUGUUCUUUCAGCUUCCCUGCCAUUGUACAGCGAAUAAUAAUGCGAUAUCCUUGAACUAUUUUCGUUUGAAUCCCGAUUCUCUUAUUCACUGACUCUGCUUUAUGCUGCAGUCUAUAUCACGUUAAGGACAAAACAUGCCACCCAAAAAGCAGCAGAGAAAGCCCACGGCGAACAUCUCCAGUUCCCUCGACCUGGAGUCGGAGGACAUCAGCCUGGAGACCACGGUGCCCACAGAGGACAUCUCCUCCUCCGAUGAGCAGAGGAACGGGUCGCAGAAGGUCACCCGACAGCUGAUCGAGAGGAAAGAGCUGCUCCACAACAUACAGCGGCUCAAGAUCGAGUUGUCUCAGAAGAACCUUGCUAUAGACAACAUGAAAGUCGACCAUCUGACCAGUAUUGAGGAGUCGGAGGAAAGACUCAACGAUGCACUUCACCAGAAGCAGGUCUUGGCCCUGCGAUUAGACAGCCAGCUGAAACUAGCCCAGGAAGAGAACAGGAAACAGCAGUCCCUGCGUAAGCAGGAGAUGGACGGCAUACUGCAGAGGCAGCAGCAGCUGGAGGAGACCAACCGCCAACUGUGUGACAGGGCGGGCCAGCUGCGGAGGUCCCUCAGGGAGCUGGACAUCUCCCAGGCCAAGUACCAGGAGCUGCAGGCUCAGCCCGACGACAAGCUCUCCAUCCCAGAAUACGUGGCGAUGCGGUUCUAUGAGGUGGUGACCCCCCUGCGGGGCCAGCUCACUGACCUCCAGCUCAGGACCGGGGGCCUGACGGAGGAGCUGGACACACACAGGAACCAGAGCAAGACUCUCAUGGAGAGCUAUGAUGAGGAGCGGAGGCUGCGUACGGAACUUGAAAUGCGUUGUCAGAGACUGACCCUGGAUCUGGCCGACACCAAACAGAACAUCCAGGAAGGAGAUUACCGGCGAGAGAACUACCCCAGCCUUAAACGGGAGCGCGAUGGCUUAGAGGUGGAGGUGAAGGAGCUGAGGAGGCGAAUGGAGACCCUGGACCUGGCUCACAGCGGCCAGAGCAGAGAGAAGGAUGGUCUCAGCAAGGAGGUGGCAGCGUUGCAGCAGUCGGUGAGCCUGCUACAGAAGGACAAGGACUACCUCCACAGGCAGAACAUGGAGCUUAGCGUGCGCUGUGCACACGAAGAGGACCGUCUGGAGAGACUGCAGGUGCAGCUUGAAGACACCAAGAGGGCCCGGGAGGAGGUGUACGAGAAAUAUGUCUCGUCCAGAGACCAGUACAAGAGCGAGUAUGAGGCCAAGCUGAGGGAGGAGCUGGAGAGCAUCAGGCUGAAGACGGGCCAGGAGAUAGACCACCUGCAGAGGGCCUCCCGGGAGAUGUACGAGAGGGAGAACAGGAACCUGCGUGAGGCGAGAGACAACGCUGUGAUGGAGAAGGAUCGGGCGGUGGGCGCCGAGAGAGAUGCUCAGUCCAGAUACGACCAACUGCUGGAACAGUACCGCCAGCUGCAGCUGGGGACGGACAGCCGCGUGGCCGAGCUGUCCAACCAGACCAAGCUGAGCUCGUUCGAGGCGGAGCGGGCUCACAUGGUCCAGGAGGAGACGGCCAAGGCCCUGGGCCUGUGCCAGGUGGAGUGCGAGAAGCAACAGAAGAAGCUGGAGAUGCUGACGCAAGAGUUCUACGGGCUCCAGGCGGUGUCGGAGAAGCGCGCGGUGGAGCUGCAGGCCCAGAACGCCGAGCAAGCGGCCCGGCUGCAGACCUAUGAGAGGCUGGAGCAGGAGCUGGACCAGGUCACCAUGCAGGCCGCCGAGAUCGAGAACGAGGAGGAGGCGGAGAGGGUGCUCUUCUCGUACGGCUAUGGCGCCAACGUUCCCACCACGGCCAAGAGGAGACUCCAGCAGAGCGUUCACCUGGCUCGCAGGGUGCUCCAGCUGGAGAGACAAAACACCUCACUAAGGAGGGAGGUGGAGAAACACACCACACAGACAGGUCACAUCUCUGAGGAGCUGUCCACAGCCAAUCGGCUGCUGCAGCAGACCCAGCAACCCUACAGCUACCUGAUAGAAACCGUGCGGCAAAGGGACGCGCAGGUCGCCUCCCUCAAAGAGCAAGUGGCCUCCCUGGAGGACAGCGUGAGCUCCCUGCGGAAGGAGCGGACAGCCUUGCAGCAGGUGCAGAACAAAAUGGCGGCGGAUUUGGAGAGACUUCUCAACCACAGAGAGGAGUUUGCCGUGAUGAAGCAGGUGCUGAUCAGCAUGCGCUCGGGACAGGGGGACGAGGCAGGGGACCGCCCCACAGGCCCCGGGGGCCGUCGUCCAAAGCACCACAUCGGAGCAGAAGAGGUCGCGGAGGGGCCGGCCAGGCCGAAACCCACCGUGUUCACCAAAAAGGAGGUUCCAGAUUGGUAUCGGAAUAAACGCAACACCCAGCCUAAAUGACGCAUGGUGUUACUGUAUAUAAGUAUGUUUGGACUGUUUUAUGUGCUGAGCCAUGUUUUAGUAUAUAUGAAAGAAGAAUUAUACAUGUAACAAUACUAUCAAAUGUCAAUCUUUUGUAAUAUUAACAUAAAGAUUUUUUUAGAGAU